UUCAGAAUCAGAACAAACAGGGAGAUGGGUGUGAAGUCCUAUGUGGUACAAAUGGUGCCACUUACAGCCAUGGCGAUAGUGGAAUGUUAUAGACGCUGGCUUAUCCACACCGAGCAAAGUAGCCAUGUCCGAAGGAAUGAGUCACUUUGUCUUUGUUGUCUACUCAAAUGCUAUUGCCACUUUAUUCUCUCCCCUUUUUCCUUCAUCUUUGAAAGAAAAAAUAGGCCACAUCUCAAUUUGUCUCUCCUGUGUAAAUUUUUCCUCCUCAGCCUCCUUGGCUCUCCCACACUUGGAUCUGCAACGACCAACUUAAUCCCAGCUUUUACAUUUUUGCUUGCUGUUAUCUUCAGGAUGGAGAAAUUGAACUUGAGAAGCUCAAGAAGUCAGAUCAAAAUGAUUGGAACUCUGGUGUCUAUUGCAGGAGCACUGGUUUUAACCCUUUACAAGGGUCCUUCAAUUGGCUCUUUUGCAACGAAUUCCCUUUCACCUCCAUCUGAAAGCUCUCAUCGGCCUUUAAACUCUUCCUCCUAUCUAUUGGAAGUGAGAAAUAAUUGGGUUAUUGGAGGCUUCUUCUUUGCAACUGCUUGUUUAUCCGUCUCAUUUUGGAACAUUUCUCAGGCAGCACUGCUUAAAGGGUACCCCUCUCAGUUAACUACAGCAGCAGUCUAUUGCUUAUUUGCCUCCAUUCAAGGCGCUGGAGUUUCUUUAAUUGCAGAGAGAAACAACCCCAAAUCCUUGGAAACCAAGGCCAGAUAUUGAAGUCAUUACAAUUGUCUACUCGGCUGUAUUCGGAAGCAUUAUGACAUUUUGUGCGCAAACUCGGUGAAUACAAACUUAGCGUAUUCACAGGAAAGGCCCCGUAUUUGUGGCUAUGUUCAAGCCUCUCGGCAUAGCAAUUGCUGAUUUGCUGCAAUGAUGAGUGUCAUCAUCCUUGGCGACACACUCCAUGUUGGAACGCAAGAUAUCUCUCAACCUUGCUCUGCUGUGUAUCAAGUCAAACCACUGACACCAGUUCAUAAUACAGCCAGUAGACCCACUUAAUUACAUUUGUGAACUUCGAAAAUGCAAGUCAAAAGGUUCUUCAAUGAUGUGGAAAGUUUUGCUAAGACAAUUUGCAUUACAAGGAACAGAAUUUCAGUGGGUGAUCAUAAAGACAUAGAGAGGCACUUCAUAUGAUUUUGGAUGCCGUAAGAAUAAACAGAUCAAAAAGGAGAUUUUCAA